AUGCAGUUCUCCAUCCUCAAGCUCGCCGUCGCCGCCUUGGCAAUUUGCAGCGACUCCGUCCUCGGCCAAACGACCCCAGCCCAAGUGGUCCAGAACAUCGACAUGGUCACCAAAAAGUCCAACGACCUCAUUGCCCCCGCGCAAAAGAUUGACCUCGUCAGCGGGCCGUUGCUCAUCGUCGGCCUGGGUCCUUUCCCGAAAAUCAUCACCGGCUUCGUAGACAUUGUCAGCACCGUCACCACGGCCCUCGCACAAAUGCAGGGCAUGCCUCCCGUUCCGGCCGGCCCCCAGUCCGACGCCAUCUUUGAGGCGUUCCGCGAGUUCGUGCGCAUCCAUCAGAUGCUUCUCAACGUGCUCAUCGGCAAGGCCGGUCUCUUUUCGACCGUGCCCCUCAUCGGAGCGCCCAUUGCUGCCGUCCUCAGACAGGUUGAAAAGGUCGUCGAUUCUGUCGCCUUUGCCCUCAUCGGUGCCGUGCAGAGCAGAGCCACCGACCUCCAGGUACAGGCCGGCAUGCUCACCGGAACUAUCACCACUACGAUUGACCGCUACGAGGGCCUCAAGCUCAACUAA